GCUCCUCCACCUCUGAUACCCACAAAAUGAUUCAAUGCCACCUCCAUUGAUCUUCCUAUUUAAGAUGGAUGUUCUAUCUUGAACACAACAGCAAAAGAGUUUCCCACCAAAGACAAUCUUCGAGGCGGUUGCUGCUGCGAAAUUGAGUGUUUUGGGGCUGGAAUCGGACGGAUCUAUGGCGAGGGUGGAGGAGGCUGGGGAUAGGGAGGGAAAUAAGGAGGAGGAGACCAACUGCUGGCCCCCUGAAGCUGUCGAGGGAGGCAGGGGCGGGGAAGGGCCCAGCGGAGGGAGUGGAGGUGGGGAUGGUGAUGGUGACGGAGGGCGACCCGACACGCCGCCGCAGUCGCCGCCGCCCUACAUGGACCAGCUGCCGGAGGACGUUCUGGAGAACGUGCUUCAGUUCCUGGUCUGCCGGAGGGACCGGAACGCGGCGUCGCUGGUGUGCCGGUCCUGGUACCGCGCCGAGGCGCAUACCCGGCGCGAGCUCUUCGUCGGCAACUGCUACGCUGUGUCUCCGGCGCGUGCGCUACGGAGGUUCUGCGGCGUCCGGGCCCUCGUGCUCAAGGGGCGCCCUCGCUUCACCGACUUGCACCCGUUUCCGCGCAACUGGGGCGCCCGCUUCUCCCCCUGGCUCACUGCUUUGACCACCGCAUCCCCCUGGCUUGAGCGCGUCUGCCUCAAGCGGAUGACCGUGUCCGACGCCGACCUCGCGCUCCUCGCCUUCUCCUUCCCCUCCUUCGUCGAUCUCACGCUCAUCGGCUGCUAUGGGUUCGGCACCCCUGGUCUCGCCGUCAUCGCUGAGCUCUGCAAGAAUCUGAGGGUCUUGGAUCUGAUUGAGAACGAUGUGGAGGACGAGGACGAGGACAAGGCGCCCGUCGACUGGAUCUCGAGGUUCCCGAAGACAACUACCUCUUUGGAGUCGCUCUCGUUCGAGUGCGUUACUUGCCCAGUGAACUUCUCCGCCCUGGAGGCCCUGGUCGCUCGUUCGCCCUCCCUCCAGCGGCUGCGGGUGAACCAGAAUGUCUCUCUUGGCCAGCUCCGCCGCCUCAUGAUCCGGGCGCCGCACCUGACCCACCUCGGCACCGGUUCCUUCUGGCCCGGCAUCGCUGAAGAUCUCAACGCCGCUGACCUCGAGCAAGCCUUUCUCGCUUCCAAGUCGCUCAUUUGUCUUUCGGGGUUCCGCGAGGUGGCGCCGGAGUACCUCCUGGCCGUCCUCCCCGUCUGCGCCAACCUUGUCUCGCUCAACUUAAGCUACGCCGUGAUCACCGCUGAACUGCUCAAGCCUGUGAUGCUCGAAUGCCACAACCUCCGCACCUUCUGGGUUCUUGAUACCAUCGGUGACGAGGGACUACGUACGGUGGCCAAGGCAUGCAAGAACCUCCACGAGCUCAGAGUGUUUCACUACACGGACUACUCCGUCUCUGAUGCUGGCCUUGUGGCAAUCUCAAACGGAUGCUGGAAGCUCCAAUCGAUCCUGUUCUUCUGCCAGCGAAUGACGAAUGCUGCCUUGGUAACCAUGUCCAAGAACUGCCCGGACCUGGUCGUAUUCCGCCUCUGCAUCAGCGACGUCCACUGCCCCGAUCACGUCACUGGGGAGUCUAUGGACGAAGGCUUUGGAGCCAUUGUCAUGAACUGCAAGAAGCUCACUAAUCUCACUGUCUCCGGCCUGCUGACCGACAAAGUGUUCGAAUACAUCGCAACCUAUGGCAAACUGGUUAGAACUCUCUCAGUGGAGUUUGCUGGAAACACUGAUCUGAGCCUGAAGUACGUGCUCGAAGGCUGUCGCAGACUGCAGAAGCUGGAGAUUAGGAAUUGCCCUUUUGGUGAUGCAGGCCUGCUCUCAGGCAUCCACCAGUACUACAACAUGAGGUUCUUGUGGAUGGCCUCAUGCGAGCUAUCUUUAAGUGGUUGCAAGGAGGUGGCUCAGAGGAUGCCUAACUUGGUGGUGGAAGUGAUCGGAGAUUGGCUAGACCUUAACAGCUGGUCCGAGCACUUUGACAGCUGUUCUGAGGACCUUGAUAGCGAUGAGGUGGAUGAGUUGUAUCUGUACCGGUCUCUUGAAGGGCCGAGGAAUGAUGCACCCCCGUCCGUCAGCAUCUUGUAGCUUUCCCACUUUCAGUAGAAACACAAGGGAGAAGAAGUAACCAAGGAGCUCAUGGUAGUCAGAGGACUGGAAAUGUGAUGCAGCAGAGUGUAUUUGGUCAGCAAUUCCCACAAGUCACUGGAUCAUGCACACAUUCACCAUGCAUGAAGACGAUGCAAUUCUUGAUUCUAUAGUGAUUCUUGGUCCAUGGCCUGAUCUCUGCAACCACACAGCAGCCAUCACAAGUUCAAGAAGAUGAUUUCUUCACUGAGCUUUCUGAUGGAUAGAAAAUGCAAUCGUAAGUCUUCAGGUUAAACUUGAUCAGCUUGUAAAUCCCAUGAAGGCUGUUGCUGAUUACAGAACCAACAUUAUCUUCAUAGGACUUGGAAGGAGGAACUUUGUCCUUAGCCGAUAUACAGGAUUCUUGUGGUCUCCCCCAGAAAUUAGUCUUCUUUAAACUUAGUAGCGGGAAAAAUAUCCAGUUGUGUGUUCGCAAGAUGGCUAACAGCCUAGGCGCAUCAAAGAAGAUACACAAUGAGAAUGCUGAGCCCAUGCAGCAACAAUCAGGAGAUGACUGGCACAAAAAGGCUAAAAACUUGUUCAUAUUCGUGUGACUAUAUUAAGGAUAUCGAGAAAUUGAGAGCAGAUUUGUGCUAAAGGAAAAAGGAAAUAUUUAAUUUGCAAAAGGCUCUCUCAGAAGCUACCAGAGAGCAACAUUUGUGAUAGGAAUCAGUCAUCACAAAAAGGAACUUGUAAAAUUAAUAUUAAUGUUAUUAUCAAAUGUUCCACUAAAGACAAGAUCUCAUGAAGGCCCUGAGAAGAAGCCAAUUAAAAUUACCUGAGAUUUCAUCUGGGAAUGGUGUAGAUGAAUCCCUGGGGACUACUGUAGCUAAGAGGAGGUUGUGUGUUUGGAUGAGAAAGAUAAUUUAAAGGCUACUGCUGACUCUUGCUGCAGUGGGGACAAUGUCAGCUGACAAGUCUUUUCUGUGUUCUUUUCUCUCUUCUAGGAAUUUUGUUACUCUUCAUUGUAUUGUUUUGCUGAGUGAUGCUGAACUGAGUAGAUGAGUUCCUUACGUUUGCCAUUACUUGAUGGAUUUGCUCAGGGCUCAUGCUGAAGAUGCUAUUCUCAUUUUUGUUCAUUACUGAGUAGACGCAGAACAUAGUCAUGUAGAUUAAUCA